AGACAAAGCACACAGCAUGGCGCUCACUAAUGGCACCGCCAACGCCAAAGUUGAUGCCAAAGCCAAUGGCACAGCCAACGGCGCCACAGAGUCUCACGCAAGCCAGAAGGUCUUGGACGAUACGGCGGGUCUAAUCAAGACCACGGACGGCCAUGAAAAGACCGACUAUACGCGAUGGAGACUGAAAGACGACCGCGGCUGCCAGACGUGGCAUUAUCUGCAAACCGACGAGGAAUUGAAGGCGUGGCCGCAGAGCACGGCGGACAAGUACUUUUUGGGCCUGGACACGGAACAACCCGACUGCAAGCCUGCAAAGACGCCCCUCGAAGCCGCGCACAAUGGCCUCUCCUUCUUCUCGCAGCUUCAACUGCCCCCUGGUAACUGGGCCUGCGAGUACGGUGGGCCAAUGUUUCUCCUCCCCGGCCUCGUCAUUGUCUGGUAUGUCACCGAGACAACCAUACCCGCCUCCCACGCCAUCGAGAUCAAAAACUACCUCUUUGCCCGAACACACCCCCAAGACGGUGGAUGGGGACUACACAUUGAAGGCGAGAGCACCGUGUUUGGAACAGCAAUGAACUACACGGUACUCAGGCUGCUGGGCGCAGAUGCCCAAGACCCCAGGAUGUGCAAAGCACGAGAGACGCUGUGGAAGUUGGGCGGCGCGCUCAACGCACCACACUGGGCCAAGUUCUGGCUGAGCGUCCUCGGUGUGACAGACUGGGACAUUGUCAACCCCUGCCCACCCGAGGCUUGGUUGCUUCCGGACUGGGUUCCCAUUGCCCCGUGGCGAUGGUGGAUACACAUGCGACAGGUCUUCCUACCCAUGUCGUACAUUUAUUCCAAAAAGUGGUCGUACCCUCUGAAUGACCUCACACGCCAGCUCAGGGCAGAGCUACUCAUGCGGCCGUACGAGACGAUCAACUUUGAUGCACACCGCAACACUAUCGCGCCUACAGACGACUACCACCCCAAGUCUUGGUUCCUCAAGUUUUUGUUCUGGCUCGUGGUCGCCGUCUGGAUUCCGUACCUUCGACCUGAGUGGAUGGCGAAGCGUGCAGAGGAGCAUGUCAUGUGGCUCAUUGAGGCUGAAGACGAGAACACCGAGUUUUCGAAUUUGGGUCCGGUCAAUGGCCCUAUGAACAUGUUGUGUGUGUACAUCAGAGACGGCCCUGAUUGCCAUGCUUUCCGCGAGCACCAAAAGACGCUCUACGAGUUCAUGUGGGUCAAGGACGAAGGUAUGCUCAUGAAUGGCACCAACGGUGUACAAACAUGGGAUACUGCAUUUGUCAUUCAGGCUGUAGAAUCAUGUGGCUGGUCCAACAACAAGAAAUGGGAGCCUGUGCUUUCCAAGGCGCUUGAAUUCUUGGAAGACCAGCAAAUUCUCACAGAGUCGAGAGACCAGCAUGCCUGUUACCGCCAACAACGUAAAGGCGCAUGGGGCUUUAGCACAAGGAAACAAGGAUACACCGUCAGUGACUGUACGUCUGAAGCUAUGAAGAGUGUCUUGAUCCUGCAAAAAGACCGCCAGUAUCCCCAGCUCAUCAGUGAGCGCCGCAUGAAAGACGCCAUUGACGUCCUUCUCACAAUGCAAAACAGCUCGGGCGGUUGCGCCACCUACGAACCCACCCGAGGCAGCGUUCUACUCGAGCAUCUGAACGCGGCAGAGGUUUUUGGCAGAAUCAUGAUAGAAUACGACUACCCCGAGUGCACAACAGCCGUCGUCACAGCUCUCCACAUGUUCCAGCACCAUUUUCCCGACUACCGGGCUGACGAGAUCACCGCUUUCCGUGAACGCGCCGUGGCCUAUAUUCGCGACGCCCAACGACCCGAUGGAUCCUGGUACGGCAGUUGGGGUAUCUGCUUCACAUACGCCGGCAUGUUUGCUCUCGAAUCCCUGAAGUGCUCUGGCGAACAAUACAACAACUCUGAACGUGUACGACGCGCAUGCCAAUUCUUCCUGGACAAGCAAAUGGAAGACGGAGGUUGGGGCGAGACGUACAAGAGCUGUGAACAGGGUGUCUGGCACCAACAUCCGCAAAGCCAGGUUGUGCAAACUGCUUGGGUCAUUAUCGCCAUGAUUGAGGCCGGAUACCCAGACAAGGCGCCGCUUGAGAAGGCCGUCAAGCUAAUCAUGAAGAGGCAGCAAGCCAACGGAGAGUGGCUCCAGGAGGCAAUUGAGGGCGUCUUCAACAAGUCUUGUAUGAUUUCCUAUCCAAACUACAAGUUCAUCUUCCCCAUCAAGGCGCUGGGUAUGUACGCCAAGCGCUUUGGCGACGACGCUCUUUUUUAACGAGGUUCAUGGAAUGCACGUCUAUCUGUCGACUGGACAUGUGGGUUAUGUGAAAAGGUUUCUGACGAUUACGCUUCUCUAUACUUACUUUACAUACUACACUACGCUUACUAUACUAUUCAUAAUAUC